AUGAGCAGCCAGCAUGGCGAUCCCGAGUCUCGACAAAACGAAGACGACAACAUUCCCUGCGGUUUCUUCCGCCGGCGCCUCAGUCGCCUCCAUAACGUUCCCGUCGGCGUAAAUCGCGAACAGAAACUCUCGCUCACGACCUCGCGCGGCCGCGUCUACAUGCUGGAUCAAUUCACAGAGAACGUACCACAGCCCGUCAAGAACCAUGCCAUCGCUAUUCUGUCAGAGUUUGUGGGCACCUUCCUCUUCCUGUUCAUCGGCAUCGUGGGAAACAGCGUCAUGAACAACGAUGCAGCGAAGAAAGAGCAGUUGGGGGGCGGAUCGGUCACCGCGGAUCCUGCUAAGGGUUUGUACAUCGCGCUUGUGUGGGGGCUGAGUACUAUCGUGAAUGCGUGGGCUUUCUUUAGGAUUAGUGGUGGGCUAUUUAAUCCGGCGGUUAGUGCGGCGAUGAUGAUCAUUCGGGCGGUCGACCCUGUGCGUGGAGUACUGUGCAUCGUCACACAGAUGGUGGCAAGCAUUGUUGCUGCUGCUAUUGCAUAUGGCUUGUUGCCGCCUGGGAGCUUACCGGCGACGGAGCUGGGAGAGCAGACAAGUAUCACGCAAGGUGUGUUCAUUGAGAUGUUUCUGACGACGCAGGUCGUCCUCGCCAUCUUCAUGUUAGCAACGGAAAAGCACAAAGCAACAUUCAUCGCGCCUGUCGGUAUUGGUUUAGCAGUGUUCGCUUGUGUGCUUGCGGGUCAAUCAUAUACCGGCGCGUCCCUCAAUCCCGCACGCUCCUUCGCCAUAUGCGUAGUUCAAGGUUCAUUCCCGGCCUACCACUGGAUCUACUGGGUUGGGCCUGGUCUGGGAGCGCUGCUGGCUGUAGCGUUCUACCUACUGAUCAGGAAGCUGGAGUACUGGACCGUUUCUCCUGAUAUCGAUGAAUACCAGAGUCACGUUGGGGAGCAAAUUAUCAUGGUCAAGGACAGGGCUUGA